AUGGCCAUUACUUUGGAUUGGAUUUAUGAGCUGUUUUUAUAUUUCACAUUACUACAUAUCGACAUACUCUUCAUAUGCACAAUAUAUCGAAAUCAGGAUAAAGAUGAUUUAGAACUAAUCGUUAGUUGUAUGCUACAAGCCAUUAUCUAUACAUGGGCGCUUAUUAUUAAAAUAUUUUUCAAGCGCGUUCAAGCGAAACGCUUAGGAUAUUUAAUGGAAUAUUUGAACGCUGAAAGUCGCAUGCACUCAGCUGCAGGAUUCACUUAUGUAACAAUUAAAGAAUCUGCAGCAUUGUCCAACACUUGGAUUACAGUGUUUAUGUUUUGCUGUUAUGCUGGCGCCGGAUUUUGGCUGUUUGUUCCUAUCUUUAAUCAAGAACGGACUCUGCCGCUUGCCUGCUGGUAUCCCAUCGAUUAUAAGGUUCCAAUUGUUUAUGAAAUCGUUUACUUACUCCAAGUUAUUGGACAACUACAAAUCGCCGGUGCUUUUGGUUGCACCAGUUCUUUCUUUUUACUUGUUUCUUUGCUAUUUUCUGGGCAAUUCGACAUCCUUAACUGCAGUUUGAAGAAUAUUUUAGCUAAAACUUACCUUAAUUUGAGGAAACCAAUGUCGGAACUUAUCGCUCUACGCGACAAACAACAAAGCGCCAACUCCGAGCUUAAUCAAUAUUAUAGCGCUAAGGAACAUACCACCGAUUUAGAUUGCAUACCACAUUUGUUGGAUGUGAAAUCAUCGAAACCCAGAAGCUUCUAUGCAGCAUUCAAACGUGCGUUUGUGCCCUGCAUAAUACAUCACCGUUACAUACUUUCUGGCCUUGAGGAGUUGGAGAAGCUAUACACUUUCAUUUGGUUUCUCAAAACAUUAGAAGUGACUUUGCUCGUUUGCUUAGUCUCAUUUUCGUGGGUCAAGUCGACUGCUGCCAAUUCGUUUGUUCGCAUUCUCUCACUUAGCCAGUAUCUGAUCUUGGCUCUAUGGGAAAUGUUUAUGAUCUGUUAUUCGGGUGAAAUUAUAUUUUUAAAUAGUCAGCGGUGUGAUGAAGCCCUACAACGUAGUCCAUGGUACUUGCAUUCGCGUGAAAUAAAGCAGGACGUCCUCUUUUUCAUACUCAAUGCGCAGCGUCCUUUCCGAUUGACCGGCGGAAAAAUGUGUAACUUGAAUGUGGAGAAGUUUCGCAGUAUUUUAACUACAUCGUUCUCGAUCUUGACUAUUCUACAAAAAAUGGAUCAGAGGGAAUCACACCCAAAAUAA